AUGCUGGAAACUCGCAGACCCAUGCAUCAAAUGAAUACCUAUGGUCAUUCCCGGUCUCGCACUAGCUCCUCGCCUUCGGGCACGUUUCCUGCGCAGCAGCAGCAGCAGCAUCCACAACAGCAACAACAACAACCGCAGCAACAGCACCACCCCCAGCACCAUCAGAUCAGCUCCCAGUACGCGCAGGCAAUCCCUCCUCACGUGCACCACUCUCGCCGCUCUCCAUCGGUGAAUACCUUCAGCACAACGUCUAGCAUGCAGCCACCGGCAGCAUACCGCACCUCCUCCUCAACCGACCUUCGCCGUUCCAUCUCCAACCGCUCUAGGGGAACCAUCUCGCAACCGGUCGACUACGUUGCGCUGCUUCGUCGCCAGAAAGCUACAGUGUGGUGCGACCGCGCCCAGUAUGAGGAUCCUCGAGUGACGGCCCAGCAGAGAGCUGCCAAGCUGCGCGCAAACCUUGAAAUCGUUGGCGGAGGUCGGGCCGUGGCCACGGGAAGCCGUAGCAAUACCGGCAUCAGCACGACGGGCAAAGUGGCCGCCAAGAUCAGGCAUCACGGCAAGACUCCCGUGCUCGGAUACACACCCAACGACACGAAUCAUGUCGGCGUCGGCGGUGUGCCGUUGCGUCUUAGCGCCACAGAAGUGGAAGGGGGCAGCAGCGACGAGGAUGAUGCUCUGACCAUGUCCCGGUCACAGCACCGCCGCACUGGUAGCAGUGAACGAAGCAGCAUCGGAAGCGGAAGACGACCUGCUCACUAUAGGGCAUCCGCGGGCUCAGCCACCUCGGGUGCGCAGCAGCGACGAAGCCCGGCAGACACGCCGGAGCGAAGAGGAAGCUUGGUCGAGAGGUCGGAAGAUACGACAAAGCCUAUCGAUGACGCAUCGUCGGGACGCGCCGAGAGUUCUAGAAGCGUUAGCAGCAGCGAGCGAGCCGACAAUGUGGGGGAACUCGGCAUUGUCCCCAAGUUGGCAAUCAAUUCCCAUAAACACGCGGCUUUGACUAGGGACAAGAGCGUCAUGAACGCCGAGGAACUUAAAAGACGCGGUAGCGUUGACGAGAGAACGGCAACUCUUACGUCUGGCCGCCUUUACAUUGCCAACCCUGAUUAA